AUGGCCGCCCCCUCCGCCGCCCCCCUCAAGGUCUCCAGCGCCGGCAGCAGCGACCUCACCUCCUCUCCCCUCAAGCGCUCCCCGUCCUCGCGCCCGAAGCCGCCCAGCAGCGCCCCGAUCAGCGCGAACGGCGCUGUGCCGGAUAUCUCGAGCCCCCAUGAGCUGACUGCGUUUGUCGAAACCAUGCUCGAGCACCUCGACACACGCUUCGAGGAGAUGUCGACCGAGAUACUGUCCAGAAUGGAACAAAUGUCCUCCCGCGUCGACGCCCUCGAGGCCUCCAUCUACGACAUCAUCAACAGCGACGCGCCCAGCAUGCCGCCCUCGCCCUCGCAGAUGCCCUCGCCCUCCCAGCUGCGCUCGCCGACGACGGGCAUGCCGCCGAUCCGGAGGAGCGACACGGCGACGUCGGUGCCAUGA